UUGCCUAGCUAGUGGAGUGUUCUUCCUCCCAGGCCUCAGUCAGUGUUUGUUCAGGGCAGAGAAGUACAGAGAAAGAGGUCUCAGCCAUCAGUUGCUAGUAUCACAGUUCAUAUAAGCGUGUCGGUCCAAGGAUCUGUCUAUUUAAACCCGCACGGAACCUUUCUCUUCUCUGCAGUCUCCAAGUUCAGAGGCGUCGCUGUAGCUUCGCUUGCAUUUGCACCUGCUGCAUUGCACGCCGACAGAAGAUGCCAUCUCUGCCGGUCCAGCUUUUGCUGCUCUUGCUCGCCCUGCUCUCACUGUCCUCUUCAGCUCGAGGCUAUGGCGUCGGCCGCUGGAUCAGUGCGCACGCCACCUUCUACGGCGGCGCCGACGCCUCCGGCACGAUGGGCGGCGCGUGCGGGUACGGCGACCUGUACAGCCAGGGCUACGGCACGGAGACGACGGCGCUGAGCACGGCGCUGUUCAGCGGCGGGCUGAGCUGCGGCGCGUGCUUCGAGCUCCGGUGCGCCGGCGGCCGCGGGUCGUGCGCGCCGGGCGGCUCCGCCGUCGUGGUGACGUCCACCAACUUCUGCCCGCCCAACUACGCGCUCCCCGGCGGCGCCGGCGGGUGGUGCAACCCGCCGCUGCGGCACUUCGACCUGUCGCAGCCGGCGUUCCUCCGCAUCGCCCGCUACCGCGCCGGCGUCGUCCCCGUCGCCUACCGCCGGGUGCCGUGCAGGCGGCGGGGCGGCAUCCGGUUCGCCGUCAACGGCCACCCCUACUUCAACCUGGUGCUGGUCAGCAACGUGGGCGGCGCCGGCGACGUGCGCGCCGUGGCCGUGGCCGUGAGGGGCGGCGCCCGGCGGGCGCGGUGGCGGGGCAUGACCCGGAACUGGGGCCAGAACUGGCAGAGCGGCGCGCGCCUCGACGGGCAGGCGCUCUCCUUCAGGGUCACCACCAGCGACCGCCGCUCCGUCGUCUCCUACAACGUCGCGCCCGCCGGAUGGGCCUUCGGCCAGACAUUCACCGGCGGCCAGUUCCCGUAGGAGGAUCAGGCCGGCCACGGCCAGAAUAUUAUUAAUAACUGUACUGUGGCGCAGAUGCUACAUGUACGUAAGCUUCAGUGGUGUAUAUACCUACCGACAUAGUAGUAUACGUAAGCACGGCUGAUGAGUGGGUUCAUCUUUUACUACAUUUGUACGAGACUUCUUGUACGAUUCGUGUAUUCCAAUUUCCAAACGAGCCUGCACUUCUUGUGAAAGAGUGGCAGAGCCUUAGAGCACUUCUUUGUGAAAGAGUGGCUGAGCCUUAGAGCAACUCCAAUAGAGUUGUUAAAUUUGGAUGAGCAAAUGUCUAUUUAGAAGUCCA